GGUAACUACAGUAAAACGGUUGAUAAACUUAACGAAAGAGAAAGUAACGAGUGAUUAAAAAGUGUUUUUUUCAUCCUGGAUUUGGAAAAGAAUUUAAACCAAAAAAUUAUAGAGAGCCUUCAAAAGUAAUGGAACAUUUGGACUUGGCUGGAGUCAUAACGACUCCAUCGUCAAAUUGGCAUUUACCGGCAUUUGAACCAACACCAUUUGAUCAACAAGAUGCCAUCUAUUUAUCAUCCUCCCGUCCAAUGCUCGAGCCAAUUAUGGAAGAAACCUCCGAAGAUGAAGAAAGCAUUCACAAUAGUUGGUCACAAUUCGAAAACAAUAGCACCUGGAGUUCUGAGUCCGAAACUGGUUCUGUUAUACGAAUCGAAUUAAAUCGAGAUCCCGAUUCGAUAUCUGAACGUGAUUUUGCAUGUCCAGCAAAACGCCCUAGACGUGAUGAAUUCCUUAUCGGCGGCCUACUUACAUGCCAACCCCUUCUAGACGAUACUCAACUCCUACGAAAAUUCCAACGAAACGACCUUCUUAGCUCUGCAAUCGAUAAAAUCACAUCCAACGAAACGAACUCACUGACAAACUCACUAAAUGGCGGUGGAAACAGCAGCAAUAGAGACAGUGGACAUCGAAAACGUUUCGAUGAAUUCUACUGUGACAUGGACAGUCCCUCAUGUAAUUCCCUAAGUCGAUCUUCAUCUCUAAUACAAUUUGAAAGCCUCGAAAGGCAACUCCUUAAUGAACAAGGUUUAUGUUCAUCACUUGGCAACUCUUCACCAUCGUUGCUAAGUUUCGAAGGUGGAUGUAUUGAAAGUGGCUCAGGAAGUGGCUCCAAUUCAAACCGAGGAUCAACUGGUUGCCUUAAAAGAUACGAAAGUUCUGAUAGUCGACUUCAUCAAACCUACUUUGAUCUCGAUAAAAUUGAUUUCGAAACAAAUCUUCACUUCACCUCGACUGCAGCUAGCAAAUCGGACUCAGAAUCAUCCAGUGAUAAUAGUGUAGCUUCUCACAAGCUCCUUAGCGCCACAGGUGCAGCUCAUACUCGAGCCUUCCUAAAAGGUGGCAAAAGCUCCGCUGAAAACCUCAGUGAAGACAGUGGCUAUUGUGAAUAUAUUCACUCUGUAAUGAGAGCGAAAUCAAAAAGUAUACCGAAUUUUGAAAAAUUCUGCGAAGAAGAUGAAUUUUACGAUCAUCCCGUGGCGGUAGCUUCUGUGGCUAACACCAACAAAUCACAUUCCAAAAUCCACCAAACAGAGGAUGCUCCCAAAAUAGCUACAGCGAAAGUGAAUAGCAACGGUAGUGAAGUGAAGGAGCUACGAAAUGAUGAUGCCGAUGAUGAUGCCGAUGAUGAUGAUGAUGAUGACGACGAUGUAGACAACAACGAUGAUGAUGAUGAUGAUGAAGAGCAUGUAGAAUUAAUCGACGGAGGAGACGAAGACGACAGCGACGGCGACUGCUGGUAUAAUGGCGAUAAAAAUAGCCGCCGGUCACCGUCCUCUUCAUCGCCGAUUUCCUCCGACGAAUCAUCUUCAGCUACAUCGCCUCUUACCCACACAUCUAAAUCCACAUCGCCAUCGUCUUGCGCAUCUGCCUCGUCGUUCACAUGGCGGCCAGCAGUUUCAGUUAUAUCGCCGCCAGCGGCAAUGGCCACAAGCAAACAGCAACAGCGCAUUAUGGCCGAACAACCACAACCACUACUACAUCGAUCAGCAAACCGAUCAUCCAGUUUGCCAGACAUUCGCGGCGAAGAAACAGCUGCUGUCGGUCAUCAUAAACAUCAUCCACAGCAGCCGCAUCAACUUCAACAGGAUCAGCAUUCGUUCGAUCGGUCAAAUAGCACGGAACGUGUUGCAAGUGUUCCCAAUGAUCUCGAUCGUAUCGAUGAUCUUCAUCACCAUACUCAUCCAAAUCAUCCACAUAAUCAUUUGAAUCAACAGCAGCAGCAGCAGCAACAUCAUCAUUCUCAUCGACAGCGCCGAUCAUCAGCGGCACAACGUCGCCAACGGACCGCCCUAAGUGCCUCGAGUUCGUCUGAUCUUGAUGAAGAUCAAUUAUUGCCUACAUCGCCGCGAUCGCCAUCGGGUUUUGUAGUAAUUCGAAGUAAUAGCUGGAAGCGUUCCCGUAAUUCCAACGAAAAUUUGAAUUCCUCGACGACCUUUCAAAGUGCUCGAUCACUCCAAUCAAUCGGAUCAACUGGCAGCGGCAGCGGUAUCGGUUAUAUGAAUGCCAGUUAUAGUAAUCUAACAUUGCUCGAUUAUUCCGGUCGUCCUCGGUCAAAUCGUAAUAGUUUAUCAUUGGUCAGUGAAGAGUGUAAUUCGAAUUCGAAGAGGAAUUCCCGUUGUAAUAUGGCCACUGUUGUGAGUGAUCAAGAAAAUGAAGAUUCUCCAAAAGAAUCCGAUGAAAUUCAUCAUGUUCAAUUGACUAUUCGAAAACCUCCUCCUCGUCGAAAUUGUUCAAAAUCAUCAAAGUCUUUGUCUAAUAAAAUCACUACAACUUUUGAUCAAGAUCCAACAUCCCUUAAAACUAGUUAUGCCCAAAGUCUUGAGAAAUGUAAUUUCGACCCUAAAGAACUUUCUACCAAUGAUUUGACACGAGUUCCACCAAAACGUCGUUUCCAUGCGGCAAAUAAAAAACAACGAGUUGGCAUAGUUUCAUCGACACCUAAUUUGAAUGCCUUCACCCAUGAGGACACCGAUGAUGAUAUGUUUGUCUCAUCUACUCACACUUCUAUGCAACAACUUCCAACCACUGAGAAGCGAAUGGGUAUUUUAUUACCCGCCGGAUCGAGAGCUUCAUUCGGUAGCAAAGGUGUCAGUUUUUAUCCAGUUGUUUCGAAAUACACCUGGCAGGAACAAAGUUCCGAAGAGUGCAAUGACACUCUUGUCGCUCCAACAUCACCCGAUGAACAAAAUGACAACGACGCUACUGUUAUCGAAGAGAGUCAUCGCAAAGUCGAAGAGAAUGAAUCCAAAGAGAGCGAAAUCGAAGAGAAAGAUAACAUCGCAAAAACAUCGCAUAACAAAGAGAAUAAUGAAAAAGAUGAAGAGACUGCUAUUAAAGAGAAAAUUACGAUCACUAUUAAUUCUGUUGUAGCGACUGCAGCUGCUGCUGCAAAGCCACCACCGCCACCAUCAUCACCGGCACCGACACCGGCACAGUCUGCAAACAUCAGUCUUAAAUCGGCUAUCGUCGAGCGAGGUAGUGACUGUUAUCGAUUGUCUGGUAAUAAUAAUGUAAAUGUCAAACCGCGUCUAGUACUUUCUGCAUCCAAUAAAUUGAUUAGUGACAAAUUAGAUAAUAAUAACCCCCCUCAACGACCAGCUACACCGGUCCCCCAUAUUUUAGUACAACAACCAAGUUGUUCGACCUCAUCAUCAGUGGACAGUGAAAUGUCAAAAAUGUCAAAUUACCCAGUAAAAUGUUCGGCAGCAAGUGGCGAAUCGAAUUCGCUCAAUAAUAACAAUGAACUUGUCAAAUCGAAAUUUAAAGCUGACGAAAAGCAUCCCCAACAUAAAGGCUUUUUAUCACGUUUUGCUAAUGGUUUUAGGUUUUCUUUGCGACGUAAUAAGAAAAAACAACAACAACAACAAAAGGAAGCCCAAUCUCAUAGUCAACUUCCACCGAUUGCUCCGCCAUCAUCAAAGAAACAUCAAAUCGCCGCCGCAUCGAAUUUACAAAAUUCGCCCGAUUUCAUUUAUAUCCCUUUGAAAGGUCCAAUUCAGCAUCCAUCUGCUGCGAAUGGAACACCCUGUACUAAUAAUGGAAAAGCCCCCUCCUCACCAUCACCUUCCAAUACAAGCAGUAGCAAUAGUUAUAGUAACCACGUGUUGCUGUCAAAUAACAACAAACAACCAGGAACAGCAGUGGCGUUCCAGAAGCCACCCCGUGUUGUAGGGGUAUGCGAAAAACGCGCAAGACAACAUGCGCUUGAAAAUGCUACCAAAUCGAUUGAUGAAGCAUUCUUGGACAAUGAACGUAGUUAUUAUGAUUUUAAAAAUCAGUUGAACGGUGUUACGAACGGUUACGGUUGUAAUACACAGCAAAACGCUAUGAAUAAUAGUCAUCAGAUUGGAGCGACAGCUCCACCUAGUGGUGGUAGUGGAUACCAUUAUUAUCAAUCUCCACAACAACAACAAAUAAAUCAUUGUAAAAUCGGUUUGAUUGAGACAAAUCUCGAUACGCACGAGACAAAAAUUUCGGGUAAAACACGCAGUUUGAUGGAAUUGGGACCUCAAGUGAAAUAUAAUUUCUCAUCGAAGAGAAAUACAUCGUCGUCGUCGUCGGGCGGUGGUGGUGUUUAUGGGGAUGAUAUUGAUGAUGGGAAUGAUGAUGAUGGGGAUGCAUUGUUGGAUGAUGAUAGUGGGGUUAUGGGUAGUGGAGGGAAUAAAAAGUCGGGGGGAGUGAUAAGUGGACAUGCAGCAGCAGCUAGAAGACCACACAAGAGUAUGGAAUUUUUAUUGGAUAAAGAGAAUCAGAAAAAUGUUUUGCCACCUGAAAAUGAACUCCAAAAAUCCCACGACAAUACAACACGUCUCAGUGAACAUCAGCUACGAGUACAAGCUUCCCUGCAGCGUCUAAACAUACCCGAUUGGUUCCGUCAGUACAAUUUAAGUUCACCAAAAUCCCCAUCCGAUAAUAAAUCAGUUGGUGGUAUUGGUGGCAGUAAUUUUACCCGCAAACGUGCAUCCGAUUCGGGACGAUGGACUGGUUUAAAUUCCAAAACAACAUCACUCAGUUCAUUGGGUUCACAACGAUCCGAUCGUAGUCCAUUGUUAUUGAGUCCAUCAGCGCACAGUCAUCAUGGUGGUCAAACAACAACUUUAAGUAGUGUUGCUAAUUCAACUGGUGGGGUAGCAGUUGGUCCAAAUGUUAGUGGGGGAUUCUCAAGAUGGUCGACAUCAUAUCUAAAUUCAACACAAACCUCACCGAGUGUAUCGACGAGGGGCUCGUUUUCACGCGGUGGUCCGGUUAAUUCAAGUUUCAUAUCGGCGACCAGUAGUGCGGGGGCAACGAGGAGUUCUUUUAGACAACCAUAUUUGGGUUGGAGAAGUCAAGAGAAGCUAUCACAGCCUAGAACUCCGCAUGAAAGGCUGGCAUCAUCGUUACUAGCACAGAGGUCGCCAAAACCAGAACAACCUGUUACACCAGAAAUCCAGACGUCCAUCAAAGAAGUCACAUCGGCCAUCGUUCAUUAUGUUAACGAUCAAACGAAUCGAACAAAUCAAAGAAGUCGAUCUGCGAGUCCCAACUCAAGAAAAUGCUGGCUUGAAUCCUCCUUUGUUGGUGUCCGACCUGUCGAAUCCCCACAAACUCCAAUUAUUGAAAAUUCAACAUUUAGCAACGCAUCAACAGCUGUAUUAAAUAAUAGUUAUCACAAUAAUACAACAUCAGCAACAUCAUCAAUUCACUCCAGUAUUGGUAUAAAUAAUGUGACAACAACUGAUGGUUUAAGAAUUAAUGGAGUUGGUGCGCCAGAACGUACGAUGAGCUCGGCAUCGCUAGAAGAUGUAUUAGCCUCGCUUUUGGGAUUACCAACAACGCAGGUGCCGGCCACCAAUGAAACAUUCAGGUCCACAGGCGAUUCAGCUAGUGAGGCUGCCCAUACACGCAUGACAACAUCCGCUUCGCCAAGCAGCUUACAAGUAGUCGAUCAGCAGGCCCGCUUCCGUCGUCGCAGUGAAGGUGACGCCCAGCGUCAGAAGGAACAACAACAGCAACAAUACCUAAAGCAGCAGCAGGUUUUGCAAACACUCAAAAACGCUAACCAAAAGCCAUCACAAACAGCAGUGACAUCCUCCAAUAACAACUGCCAUCCCGAACCACCCCGCAGAAUCAGUCUGGACUCGAGCGAGUCGAAAACCACGUCUGAGUUGCAGAUUAAAUGCCGCAACACGAAAUGCGACCAAGCCACUACCGCGGUCGAUGCCAAAAAAUUCUACAAGAGUUGCCACAACUGCUCACAUCUUUACUGCUCUCGCGAGUGUCGACGCAUUCACUGGGAGAAACAUCGCAAGGCUUGCCUGCAUUCGCGAGCAUCCAACCUGUGUCGGCAGGUUCUGUCCACCUGCAAAGAUGACGUCGAUACUCAGCGUCACCUUAGCCUCCUCGCUCGCAAAGGCUACCUCUCCCAGGGCCGCGGUGUUGUUAGGGCCCUAUUCCGCAGCGCUGAAUCUGCAGAAGGCUUUAUCAGAAAUGGCUUUCAGUGUAUGGGAGAGGCAUCAUAUGUUCGUUGGCCUGAUCUAAUGCCUGCCGAGAUGGGAUUGGAACUGUAUUCGGAACUACUCAAACUCAGUACCGAAUACAAGCCCGAUUCAAAAAUGCUUAUAUAUGUGGCAAUUUGUGUGGUAUCCGAGGCACCGGGUAGUUCUACGGCAGCUGUCAAAUGGGAACGUCAGUUGGUGUCACGUUGUGCCAAAUUAAAGCUAUGCAAAUCCAUCCUUACAGAAUUGGAGAAUUCCCAACAACAAAUUGUUAUGGUUCCCGAACCAGCAACCGAAAUACUCAUUCUGACAUUUAAUCCGUCGAAAUGUUCCAAUCCAUCUCAGCGCGAGGUCAUCCUAACGAAUAUUUUGACAAUUUUAAGUCGACGAGGUGUUAUGCUGAAAAAACAUUAUCCCGAAAUUCAUUUGCGAUUACAAACUUAUGCUGAUGGUCAAACGGAUCGUUUUAAUGCAGUGACUUUGCACCCGAGAGACUCACAAACGGGACAAGGAUUUGUUUGUAUAAUAAUGCCAUUGCAAAGUGAUGGUGAAAUUAUUAAGCUGCCAUGUUCGGAUAGUGGAAAUAAGGUCAGUACAAUUGAUGUGGGUGAGGAGUUAAUGGAGAGUUGAUUAAACUUGUAAGGUGCUUUUUCUACAAAAAUAAAUAAAUGUAAUAACAACAACAACUAAAAUAACAUCAACAAUAAAAAAAAAGCACCUCUCAUAUUCGAUAUUCUUUAAGAAAUACAUAAAUUUUUAGAUUAGGAUAUAAGAAGAUUAAUGUAUUUGCUAUAGUAUCGUGUGUCUUCCAGAUGCAUUUCAGUAUUUUUUUUUUCUUUUUUUGACAUCUCUACAUACAUAUAUAUUGCUAGAUAUUAAAGUUCAUACACAUUUAAAGACAUUUCAUUAUUUUCUUUUUGUUAACAGUCUUCUUUUUGUUUCUUCUAAAGACUCUUGAAAGACAUAAUGGCUAUUUCCCAACUAACAAGUUACACCCUUUAUAACAAUGUACUUAUAAGAUAUAUAAGAAGCUUGAACGAAGCUUUAUCGAAGCACUACCGAAGCUUUUAGAUUUAACAGAUAGUUUCGGAAGAGCUUGUAUAGCUCUUUUACAAGUCUUAUCGAAAUUAAAGAAACAAUGCAAUUGACAGUCGGAAAGAAACGGUUCGUUCGGUUUUGACAGUAGCUUCCAUUCCUGUCCGUCUAUUAUAGUUGGGCCUUAAAGCCAGAACUAUAAUUGAUUGAAACGGAGGGGAACAGCGCUCGCAACCGCACUCGACGGAUGAAAACUUAUCGAAAAUACAAAGAAAACAACAACAAUUGACAGUAGCUUCUGACUCCAUCCGCCAAUUAUGGUUCUGGCUUAAGACUCCUAUAAAUAUUCUUAGCAACAGUCGAUAGAGUUAUUCGUUCCUAUAAGUGCACAAAAGAAUACUUAUUGCAUUAUAAUAUAAUAAUGCUUGCGAAAGAAGACCUAAAGGAAUCCGUUUACACUCCAAUACCACUUCUAUACGAUAACUCAGAGAAUAUUUACUGCACA